AGGAGGGUGAGGAAGGGUGGUGCUGCGGGGAGAUGGGAAGGAUGUUCGUGGAUUCCAUCAUGACUGCUGGUUUUUUUUGAAAACCACUGACCUAAUUAAAGAUUUAAAAAAUUCACAUUGCACAAGAACCUUACAAAGGCUAGCAUGUAUUUGGGCUUAUCCUUUUUAUAAUCCACUAAGUUAUAUUUAUACUACAAAAGUGAUUUGUGUUUAAUUUGACUUUUGAAUAAAAACUACAGAAAGUAAUUUGGCAAAGUGCUCAAAACAAACACUUAAAAAGACACAGGUAGUUUUUCUAAUAAUUAUGAAAUUAAAAUGUUGAUAUUUUAAAGACACAAUUUCUCUUCAAUUAAUGUUACUACUUCCAUUACAUAAUGAUGAGCAAUUUCUGUUUAUUUUGAGACAGAUUUUCACUCUUGUUGCCCAGGCUGAAACGCAGUAGCACGACCUCGGCUUACUGCAACCUCUGCCUCCUGGAUUCAAGCAAUUCUCUUGACUCUGCCUUCCAAGUAGCUGGGACUACAGGUGCACACCAUCGUGCUCAGCUAAUUUUUGUAUUUUUAGUAGAGAUAGGGUUUUGCCAUGUUGGCCAGGCUGCCGUCGAACUCCUGACCUUAGGUAAACCACCUGCCUCGGCCUCCCAAAGUGCUGGGAUUGAUUACAGGCGUGAGUCACUGUGCCAGACCAGCAAUGUUUUAAAUAAUAAGAGCAACUUUCAUGCUAAAAAACAGGUGAAGCAAAUGUAACAUUUUUGAAUUAUUAUUAUUUUUUGAGACUGUUUCACUCUGUUGCCCAGGCUGGAAUGCAGUGACGCCAUCACUGCUCACUGCAGCCUCAGUCUUCCACCUCAGCCUCUCAAGUAGCUGGGACCACAAGUGCCCACCACCAUACCUGGAUAAUUUUUAAGUUUAUUGUAGAAGUGGAGUCUCACCAUCAUGCCCAGGCUGAUCUUGAACUCUGGGCUCAAGCUAUCUUCCUGCCUUAGCCUCCCAAAAUGUUGGGAUUACAGGUGUGAGCCAUUGUGCCUGGCCAUGAAUUAUUUUUAAUCACAUCCUUAUUGACAUAAGCCUUGUUAAGUCAAUAUGACACACAAAAUAAGCUAAACCCAAAUAUGAGUUUUAUUAACUGAACCUUUAGAAUAAUUUUUAUUGAAUGCAUCUUAGCCUCUGAAGCAUGCAAAGACCAAGAUCUGCCUCUGACUUCAAGCAGACUGUUUUAUGUUUAUUGUCUCCUUAGUUUAAAACAACCCUGUAAGGCAGGUUUAUCACCUUCCUUUUACAAAGAAGGAAAGUAAAGUACAUAGAGGUUGCCAUACAUCUGGUAAGCACUGGAAUGGGAAUUGGAACCAUCUAGUGUUUUCAUUCUACUCCCGUGCCUCCAGAGAGUCAUGGGGUAAGGGUGGGCAAGGUGAGCCCUGUUGGGGGCCACAUGAGAAUUCUCAGGGACCUCAGUGAUCAUCUGUCAUCUAGUCUAGUGGCUUUCAAGCCAUCAUUUUAAAAAUUAUAAACAGUUUUAUUGAAAAAUGAUUUAUGCCAGGCACAGUUGGGCAGAUCAUGAGGUCAAGAGUUCAAGACCAGCCUGGCCAACAUGGUGGAACAUCGUCUCUACUAAGAAUACAAAAAUUAGCCAGGCAUGGUGGCAUGUGCCUGUAAUCCCAGCUAUUCGGGAGGCUGAGGCAGGAGAAUUGCUUGAACCUGGGAGGCGGAGAUUGCAGUGAGUUGAAAUCAUGCCACUGUACUCCAGCCUGGGCAACAGAGCAAGACUCUGUCUUGAAAAAAAAAAAAAAGAAAAAUGAUUUGUAUACCAUACAAUUCACCUAUUCAAAUUGUGCAGUUCAGUGGUUUUAAUAUGGUCACACAGUUGUGCAGCCAUCACCAUAAUCAAUUUUACAACACUUUUAUCACCUUCCAGAGAAAACUCAUACCUAUCAGCUGUCAGUUCCUUGUCUUCAUACUGCCAGUCCCAGGCAACCACUAAUUCUCUUUCUGUCUCAAUUCUCCUGCCUCAGCCUCCCGAGUAGCUGGGAUUACAGGCACGUGCCACCAUGCCUGCCUAAUUUUUGUAUUCUUAGAAUUUGCCUAUUCUGGACCAUUCAUAUAAAUGGAAUCAUACAGUAAAUGGUCUUUUGUGACUGGCUCCUAUUACUUAGCUUAAUAUUUUCAAGAUUCAGCCAUGUUGUAGUAUGCGUCAGGACUACAUUACUCUUUAUAGCUGAAUAAUAUUCCCUUGUAUGGAUAUACCACAUUUUGUUUAUCCUUUCAUCAGUUGAUGAACAUUUGUGUACAAGUUUCCGUGUGGACGUGUGUUUUCAUUUCUCUUGAGUAUCUAUAUACACACGUAGGAAUGGAAUUGUUGGAUCUCAUGGUAACUCUGUUUAAUCUUUUGAGGAACCACCAGACUGUUUUCCAAAGUGGCUGCACCAUUUUAUGUGCCUACCAGCAGUGUUUUUGUGUUCUAGUUUCUCCACAUCCUUGCCAACAUUUGUCAAACUAUAAUUCUUUUAACUAUACCCCACAAUAAGAAAUAUUUUACAUUCUUACUUAGUGAAUUCUUACACAUGCAAAUAACUGAAACAAAAACUUAAAAAAAAAUUUACCUGUACUGUGAACUCUGACAUUUUCGAUUGCAUUCUGUUCUUUUUCAUCAAAACAAACAUGUUGGUUCUGACCACUAAACUUGCUUUCACAACUCACUAAUUGUGAUCUGCAGCUAGAAAAACACUAGGCUAUUUUAACUCCUUCGUUUUACACCAGAGGAAAGAGAGACCCAGGGAACUGGCUUGUUCAUGGUCAUACCACUAAUUAGUGGCAGAUUCAAGAUUAGAGUGCAAGCCCGUUGGCUCCCUGCUUUACUUUGACCUCUCAGUAAAUUAUAGUUGCCCUCUUAUUCAGUAAAUAAAAAUAAAAUAGAAUUUCUGUUUUUUAACCUUCUUAUCUUUCUUAAGCAGCAUUUUAAAUUUAGCAACAAACCUGGCUAGAGAAAAAAAGAAUGAGAAUAACUAAAUUUUAUUAUGAUGAGUCUUGCUCCAACACAAUGAUUUUGUGCCGACUGGACAGAAAAGUACUGGGUGAACGUAGAUAAUGGGCAUCAAAUUAGGCAGAUUGAAUUAAUCACUGCAGUGUCUCAAGUUCAUUUUUGUCCCAACCUCAGUAUACUUUUAAAGAGCAGCCAUAGCCAGGCACGGUGGCUCAUGCCUGUAGUCCCAGCACUUUGGGAGGCUGAGGUGAGCAGAUCACAAGGUCAGGAGUUCAAGACCAGCCUGACAAACAUGGAGAAACCCCAUCUCUACUAAAAAUACAAAAUUAGCCAGGCGUGGUGGUGCAUGCCUGUAGUCCCAGCUACUUGGGAGGCUGAGGCAGGGGAAUCACUUGAAUCCCGGAGGCAGUGGUUGCAGUGAGCUGAGAUCAUGCCAUUGCACUCCAGCCUAGGCAACAAGUGAAACUCCACCCCACUGCCCCCAAAAAAAGAGCAGCCAUUUUCCUUACACUGUCAAAUUUGAAUGGCAACAUAAAAUUGAAGUGGGCAAUAUAAAAAUAUUUUGUGUUGCUCUUUUCAUUUUUCUUAGAAUACCACAUAGGUCUUAAACCCUUUACUUACUUAUUUUCAAGACGGAGUCUUGCUCUGUUGCCUAGGCUGGAGUGCAAUGGUGUGAUCAUGGCUCACUGCAGCCUUUUCCUCCUGGGCUUAAGUGAUCCUCCUGCUUCAGCCAAGUAGCUAGGAUUACAGGCAUGCAUCACCAUGCCCAGCUAAUUUUUAAUUAAUUUUUUUUGACAGAGAACAGGUCUUGCCAUGUUGCCUAGGCUGGUCUGGAACUUCUGGUCUCAAGUGGUCCUCUCUCCCCAGCCUCCCAAAGUGCUGAGAUUACAGGCAUGGGCCACUGUGCCCUGCCUUAAACACUUUAAUUCAGUUUUCCAACAUUUUAUGAGGGAACCUCUGACACUAGAGUUGCUUCAAGGUUCUUAUUAAAAUGUGGGUCUUUUGAGCCCUUCUCCAGACCUAAUGAAUCAGAAUCAUGGGAUGGGACCUGAAAAUCAGUAUUGUAUACAAGUUUCCUAAGUGAUUCUAUGUAUAUUUAGGAACAUAGUGACGAACUGAAUUAAAUUUUUCCCUUUAUUUCUCAUCUUUCUUUCCUUUUUUUUUUUUGAGACAAAGUCUCACUCAGUCACCCAGGCUGAAGUGCAGUGGCACAAUAUUGGCUCACUGCAACUUCCACCUCCCUGGUUCAAGCAAUUCCCCUGCCUCAGUGGCCUCCCAAGUAGUUGAGAUUAUAGGCACCACCAUGCCCGGCUAAUUUUUUUGUAUUUUUAGUAGAGAUGGGGUUUCACCAUGUUGGCCAAGCUGUUCUCGACUCCUGAUCUCAGGCAAUCCACCCGCCUUAGCCUCCCAAAGUGUUGGGAUUACAGGCGUUAGCCACCAUGCCUGAUCCAGUCCUGGAAUUUCUCCUGCAUGCUGGAUAGUUUCAUAUGUCCAAUAUGCAACACAGCACAACCCAAAUCAUAUGUAUUAUCCUUUCUUAACCUCUACUCCUCAAAUUAAGUUCUUUUAAUUACAAAUCAUUUUUCUACAAAGAAUUGGUAUAUGAAUUUUUGCUUACAUCAAAUAAAAUAACAUAACAUGGAACAUAGUAUAAUAUAACAAAAUGUACACAAGGUUUGAAGUUAAAAAGAUAACUUACAGGUUCUCACUUGGCCUCUAAUUGUUGUGACAUGUGCAAAUUUCUUUACUUCUCUGAGGCAUAUACCAUCACUUACCUUAGCUAGUCAAAAAUUCUAUAUAAAAUGCCUAACACAGGGACACGUCAUGGAAAGAAAACCCCAAGAGGCUAAGGGCAUGAGGCAUGGAUUAGAAUCUAGCUGUUGAGAUCUCCCACCACUAAGUAGCUGAGUGAUCUUGGGCAACUUAUUAAACUCUGAGUUUCCUCAUCUAUAGGUUGAGGAUAAAAUAACUUACUUCAUUGUGGCGAGAAUUAAACAAGGUCUUAAGUGUCAAGUAUGUACAACUCUACCUAGCGCCCAAUAAGAGCUUAAGAAGUCAUUUAUUUACUAUCAAUAAAUGCUAAUUUACCCCUUUCCCUGCUUUGUCUUUGUCUUUUGCUCUUCUGACAUCUAGUAUGUCGCUUCCUAAAUAGAAGGAACUCUAUAAAUACACCUUGAAUAAAAUUGCACAAAGUUUUGCACAUACGGACUUUGCCCAAGCUUUUUCUCACAUCUUUAGGUAGGCCCAAGUUAUUUCUUGAUGCAAGCCAUCCUCUGAGCACAUGACUCUUCCUGAACAUACUGCUACGCUCUGUCUGAAAAUGCCCGAGCCUCCCUGGCCUUAUGCUCCCUGGCACCUUAUGGGUGCCAGGUUAGGUGACACUUUGAUCCAGAUGCCUUCCCUGACCCCUCAAGCUUGGGCUAAAAGGUUCCUUUUAAGUUCUGAAAGUAUUAGACCUACCUCUACCUGAUCACAUGUAGUUGAGCCAGGCGUGGUGGUGUGCACCUGUAAUCCCAGCUACUUGGGAGGCUGAGGCAGGAGAAUCACUUGAACCCAGGUGGAAGUUGCAGUAAGCCAAGAUUGCGCCAUUGUACUCCAGCCUGGGCAACAAGAGUGAAACUCCAUCUCAAAAAAAAAAAAAAGGAAAAGAAACUCUAGGACUGGAAGUCAGGAAAGUUAGGGCUUAUGAUCCACCUUUAGGAAUCAUCUGGCUUUUGAUGAGUUGAGAGUAAGUGAGCUCACUUAGAGACGGGAGAGAAACUGACCCUUUAUUGAUUCCUUGGAGUAAGAGAGUGAAGGUAGCAAAAGAAGAUUCUAGGAGAAAAUAGAAAAAUGGAAUUGCUUCUCAAUUAUGCAACCUCAUUUUUGUUGCUCUUGCUCUCAGUCUUAGUGUUUUCGAAGGCACAAAAUAUCCUUGCAAGGAGAUGAAGAGAUUAAAUAUUAUUGAAGUGAGUCUGUCCUGUUGCAAACAUUUACAUUCUUGUUGACCCCCGGGAAUUUGGUCAAUGUUACAAUUGUCCUAUUGUCUAGAUUCAUGUUUCUACACAUACCUGGCUGAAGCUCUUCCAAGAACAGUAGCAAUGAUUAUUCUCACAUGCCUGCAGACUUGUCUAUCAUCAUGUUUCUGAAUAAUAGAGUAGUGAGCUUUUUAUGUAUAACAUUUGAUGCUACUUAGUGGUUCCAUUUUUUUAUAUUGUGAGUUUAUAUAAGAGUUUGAAUAAGCUAAAAUUACUGGGUAAUUCACAGAUCUGAAAAAUAUAUGCUUUCUCAAUAACUGUCUUGGGACUGCAUGAUAAGCAUUCAGUUUCUGUACUAAUUGUGUUUUAGAUAAAAUUUAAAGCUAUGUGCAAUUUUAUGGAAGACAUAUUUAUAGAGUUCUUUCCAUUUAUAAAGCAAUAUAUGAAAUACCAGAUGUUGGAAGGAUGAAAGACAAAGUAGAUCUGUUCUCUGACUUCAGGUAUCUUGCUAUUGAGUAGGAAUUAUAAAAUUAUGGUAAGUCAGGGGAAGUGACUGAUUAGGAAUUAUGCUGAUUAGGAAUAGGGCUAGGGCAGUUUGGAAAAGGGCUAUGUGUAGUCAUUCACUUGAGUCUUUAGAGGUGAAUAUGUUGAGCAGGGGACAACAUUUCAAAUGGAGUGAAAAAAUAUAUCCUGUAUCAUGGGAGGAGAAGCUGAUUAUGGCAUAAUUAGAGAUUCUAGAUCUCCUGUCAGAAAUCAAAGUAUUUAAGUGGUUAGGCUUUUUACUAUCAGAGAAAGAAGUUACAAAUAAGCCAAGAGGGAAUACUAGAAUAAACCUUGUGAUGCUGGAUUGGAGUCAGAACUAUCAGAUGAAUUUGUAGUUUAUAAAAUAUGUAUAGGUAGAUAUAGAGCUAAUUAAAGAAAUGUGUGUAUAGGCCAGGUGUGGUGGCUCACACCUAUAAGACCAGCACUUUGAGAGGCUGAGGCGUGAACAUCCCUUGGGCCCAGGAAUUCAACACCAGCUCCCUGGACAAUAUGGGGAGACUGUCUCUACAAAAAAAAAAUUAAAAUAUUAGCCAGGCAUGGUGGUUUGUGUCUAGUCCCAGCUACUUGCAGGCUGAGGUGAGAGGAUCACUUGGGCUUGGGAGACAGGUUGCAGUGAGCUGUGAUUGCACCACUGUGCUCCAGCCUGGGUGACAGAGUAAGACCCUGUCUCAAAAACAAAAACAAAAGGUGUGUAUACAUGGGUCAGUAUACAAACAUAUAAUUCAGAGAGCCUAGAAGCAGUGACAUCUCAGUGGCAAUGAGCAUAACUAGUAGUGCCCAGAUGUGAACUUCUUCCAUAAAAGAAAAUAGGGCUCCUUGGGGAAAUAGUUGAUCCUAGGGCUGAAGCAUGGCAAAUAGAAGAUGAGCCUGGAACAUCUUAUAAUACUAGAAAGUAAGGAAGUGCAAAAAAAAAACAGAGGACAAGUUGAGAGAACACUGGAGCCAAGCUGAAAAGCUCCAAAUGGCCAGAGCUGGAACAAUUUGAGCAACAAAAUAAAGAUAGUAUUGGAUUAUAACACAGGGAAUACAAUAAAUAUCUAUGAAACCAUACUAAUAUAAAUAAAUGGUUGGGCCGAACAUGGUGGCUCAUGCCUAUAAUCCUAGCACUUUAGGGGGCUGGAGCAAGAUCAUCUGAGCUUGAGUUUGAGACCAGCCUGGACAACAUAGGGAGACUUCAUUUCUAUUGUAAAACAUAAUGAUAAUUAAAUGGUUGACUAAAUGAGGGAGAAAGAACAAAUCUUCCUUAUAGAAGAAUUUCAAUUAACAAAUGUAGAAACGAUGAGACUAACAGAAAAUCACCAUUAGAAUACCAGUAAUCAUUACCGUAAUCACCGUUAGAAUACCAGUAAUAAUUGCCAUAAGCAAGACCCACCCAUGAAAGCUAAAACUAAUGAGAACAAGUUUAAGAAGAAACAGAGUCAAAGUCCUCCCUCAUAGCUGGGCGUGGUGUCCCACAUCUGUAAUCACAGCACUUUGGGAGGCUGAGGUGGGCAGAUCACCUGAGAUCAGGAGUUUGAGACCAGCCUGACCACUAUGAUGAAACCCCAUCUCCACUAAAUACAAAAAAUUAGCUGGAUGUGCUGAUGCCUGUCUAUAAUCCCAGAUACUCUGGAGGCUGAGGCAGGGGAAUCACUUGAACCUGGGAGGCAGAGGUUCAGUGAGCUGAGAUUGAGCCAUACACUCUAGCCUGGGCAAGAAAAGAGAAACUACAUCUAAAAAAAAAAAAGGUUCUCCCUCAUCAUUAUGAAUUACAAAGGGAAAACAAAUAAUAACUUUACAGAGGAGAAACCUGACAGAUACCACGUUAACCAUGUGAUCAAGGGUAAUGUCAUGAGUUAUUAGAUGUCACAUCAACAUCCUGUACCCUCUGAUAUGAUGCACUGUGAAGGCCACAUCAGCUCUGAAUUAUUCCUUUCAAAAAUGUAUAGCCUUGAGCGGGUGGCUGAGUUCUCCAUUGCCCUUGGUCGCAGGGUCACUGUUGGCACUGGGCCUGCAGCGAUCACAGUGAACUUACUUCAGAUUGUGUGGGACAACUGGGUUCAUGUUCUUGUCCCUAUGGGAUUUGUUGUUGGAUGUUAUUUAGACAGAAAGAGUGAUGAAAAGCUAACUGUCUUCCAGAACAAGAGUACAUUAUUUAAAAGGGAAUCGCGACCCAGUGAAGAAGUGACCUGGAAGUAAAGACUGGCUGAAUUAUAGAGUGUUCCCAUUUUAAAGUUCUUAGAGAAAUAAAAAUGUG